CUUUGGUUUUCAUCUUUUGCUCGAAGAACCACUGUAUCACUGUAGCUGACGAACAACACCCCAAAUUUCAAAUGUUGCUGAGGCGUUGCUCACUGAAAUCGCCGUUGCACCGCGUUGCUCUCUCAACCCCCAUUCUCUAUCGCCUCUUAAGCUCUAACUCAAAAGACGACGUACAGAAAGUUUACGGCAUUAUCAGAAGCACCUCCACGCCCGAACAGCUCAUGCAAUCCCUGAAAUCAAGCGCCGUUUUCCUCUCCAACGAUUUGAUCGACCAAGUCCUCAAAAGGGUUCGUUUCAGCCACGGGAACCCCUCUCAAACUCUCGUAUUUUUCCGUUACACUGGCCGAAGAAAAGGGUUUUACCACACCGCUUUUUCCCUCGACACGAUGCUCUACAUUCUCGGAAGAAGCCGCAUGUUCUCCCACGUUUGGGAUCUUUUAAUCGAAGCGCGACGAAAAGACCAAUCUCUCAUUACCCCACGCACCGUUAUGAUCGUGUUAGGCAGAAUCGCCAAAGUGUGUUCAGUUAGACAAACUGUGGAAUCCUUUAGAAGGUUCAAGAAGCUGGUUCCUGAUUUUGAUAUUAAUUGUUUCAAUGCUUUGUUAAGAACUCUUUGCCAAGAGAAGAGCAUGACGGAUGCUAGAAAUGUUUAUCAUAGUUUGAAGCACGAUUUUCGCCCAAAUUUGCAAACUUUUAACAUUCUUCUUUCUGGGUGGAAGACCCCUGAGGAUGCUGAGGGGUUCUUCAAGGAGAUGAGGGAGAUGGGGGUGACACCUGAUGUUGUUACGUACAAUAGUUUGGUGGAUGUAUAUUGUAAAGGUAGGGAUAUGGACAAGGCUUAUAAAGUGCUUGAUGAAAUGCGUGACCGGGAUUUGUCGCCGGAUGUGAUUACAUAUACUAGUAUCAUUGGUGGGUUGGGGUUGAUUGGUCAGCCAGACAAAGCUAGGGAUGUUUUGAAGGAGAUGAAGGAGUAUGGGUGUUACCCUGAUGUUGCGGCUUACAAUGCUACCAUUAGGAACUUCUGCAUUGCGAAGAGGCUUGGGGAUGCUUAUAGUUUGGUACAUGAGAUGCAAAACAAAGGCUUGAGUCCAAAUGCAACUACUUACAACUUGUUCUUUAGGGUUUAUUUCUGGUCCAAUGAUUUGCAGAGCUCCUGGAGCUUGUAUGAGAGGAUGAUGGUUGAGGGUUGCCUUCCAAAUACACAGUCUUGUAUGUUCUUAAUAAGGUUAUUUAGGAGGCAGGAAAAGGUGGAGAUGGCACUGCAGUUGUGGGGUGACAUGGUGGAUAAGGGUUUUGGGUCCUUUACCUUGGUUUCCGAUGUGUUGUUUGGCUUGCUUUGUGAUAUGGGGAAGUUGGGGGAAGCAGAGAAAUGUUUCUUGGAGAUGAUUGAGAAGGGGCAGAAGCCAAGUAAUGUGUCAUUUAAGAGAAUCAAGGUUCUCAUGGAACUAGCAAAUAGACACGAGGCUCUUCAGAGCUUGACACAGAAAAUGGCCGUGUUUCGGCAACCACUCCAAGUUCAUGAAAGUAUGGAGAGCCAGAUCGAGACAUCAGGUUCUCGCUUAAAUUCUGGUUAUAAAUGACGUUGGCUAAAUGAAAGGAAGAGUCAGAGGUCUUAAAGCUGUGGCAGAAGGUGUUGGGAACAUGACUGAGACCAGUUAUGUCUUCAGAGUAAGCU